AAAAACUGUCAGAAUCCACAGCCGCGACCCGGCAACGGCCGCGAGAAGCGACCGCGCCUUGGUUCGCAUCUGACUCUUCCCCGUCGCCUUUGCGCGCCUCGCAAGCUUCCGCCUCCUCCUCCUCCCUCCCGCGCUUUUCCCGAUUCUUCCACGAGCUUUUCCAGAUCGCGAAACCACCGCAGGCGAGGCGGGUCCUCUCCUCCCCACCCCACCCCACCUCCGCCGCGGGAUCCGUCGGCAUGGCGUACGUGGACCACGCCUUCUCCAUCACCGACGACGACGACCUGGUCGGCGGCGCGGUCGGGGGCCCGCGCGGCGCGCCCGUCAAGGAGAUCGCGUUCGCCGCCGCGCUCCUCGCGUUCGGCGUCCUCGGCGUCGUCGCGGGGUCCUUCAUGACCGCGCACCAGGUCGGCGGCGACAGCGCCCACGGCAUUUUCUUUGCAGUUCUGGGUGUGGUAAUGUUCAUCCCGGGGUUCUACUACACAAGAAUAGCAUAUUAUGCUUACAAAGGGUACAAGGGCUUCUCCUUUUCGAACAUACCUCCUAUCUGAAGAAGCAGCAAAGCAUUCAUGGUUCGAUUGUCUCAUCCAACUAUAUAAGAACAUAAUGUAGGCACACAUGUUACUUUUCUUCUUUUUCUUGUUCUUCUUUUUAACCUUUGUAUAAAGUUGACGACAUUCAAGUUCAAGGGGAUAUCCCUCGGUGUAUGCUCUUCGCGGA